GAGCACCGGGCCCUUGGAGUGUGCUCAGCCGGAAGUGGCCGCAGAGGACUUGGGACAAGAAUUGGUGUGCGGGCCCGCCGCGGCGGUUAACAAGUAGUAGAGAAUUAGGAUGGAGGCCGUGGCGGCCACGGCGGCGGCGAGGGAACCCGAUGAAGGCUGCGCAGAGCCCAGUACUGGGCACUGGGGGGAGCUGAGCUGGACACCUGUGCCCCCCAGGCCCCAGGAUAAGGUGGAAGCAGCAGAGGGAGCACCAGAGGCCCGGAAUGAUGCGCCCCCUGGGGUCGAGAACGCGGCGGUGAGCGCCAUGCUGCGGGCUGUGGCUGCCAGCCGCCUGCCCGUGUGCAGCCAGCAGCAGGGCGAGCCCGACCUGACUGAGCAGGAGAAGGUGGCCAUCCUGGGCCGGCUGUACCGUGAGAAGCCGCUGGUGUUCCUGGAGCGCUUCCGCACGAGCCUCCGCGAGGAGCACCUGACCUGCUUCAGCCACUUGCGCGGUGACCACCGGGCAGACUUCUACUGCGCCGAGGUGGCCCGGCAGGGCAGCGCCCGACCCCGCGCCCUGCGCACCCGCCUGCGUAACCGGCGCUACGCUGCCCUGCGGGAGCUCAUCCAAGGCGGCGAGUACUUCAGUGACGAGCAGAUGCGGUUCCGGGCGCCGCUGCUGUACGAGCAGUACAUCGGGCAGUACCUAACCCAGGAGGAGCUCCGCGCCCGCGCCCCGGCCCCCCGGCCCCCCGAGCCCGGCGCCGCCUGCCCGCUCUCCGACCUGCUGCUCCAGUCCUGCCAGGAGCGGGAGCUGCAGCAGCGGCUGCUCCGGCAGCAGGAGGAGGAGGACGCCUGCCUGGAGGAGGAGGAGGAGGAGGAGGAGAGCGAUGAGGAAGACCAGAGCCCCGGCAAAGACACAGAGGCCUGGGUCCCCGACUCAGAAGAGAGGCUCAUCCUGCGGGAAGAGUUCACCAGCCGGAUGCACCAGCACUUCCUGGACGGCAAGGACGGGGACUUUGACUACAGCACCGUGGAUGACAACCCCGACUUCGACAACCUGGACAUCGUGGCGCGGGAUGAGGAGGAGCGGUACUUCGACGAGGAGGAGCCCGAGGAGGCGCCCAGCCCAGAGCUGGAUGGGGACUGAUGGCCGCGCGCCCACCCUGCCCGUGACUUCCUCCAGGGGACAGCAGGGCAGCCGCCCCACACCCCCGGCCUCGCCGGCCCCGCUGCCGCUGGCCCACCCCCUGCCCCCUCGGUGUGGGGGGCUCCCUACCUUCACCCCCGUCUCCUUCCCCGCCCCUCGUCUCUCACUCGCUUUUUCUCCAUCCUUCUCUUUCUACACAUCACUCUCUUUCUCCUCUCGGCCCUUCUCUCUCCCCCUUCUGUGUGCCUCGGCCUCUGUCCCCGCGACAGGGCCAGACUGAACGUCCUCCCCUUGAUGGAGGCCGGCGGGGCCCUCUGCGGCUGGGGCUGGCGGGCCGGGU